UCCUCUUCCGCGGGUCAGCUGACGUACAGUGCAGCAGCAUGACUCCUGAGCACGAACUGGAAAGCGAGGAAGAUGAAGCGCCCGAAGAGGUGACGUUCCAGAGCGCCAAGAGCCGGGCGGAGGAAAGUGCCCGGGCAAGACGGGAGGCGGCCAACAGAGAAAAGGCUUUGCUGAAGGAGAAGAGGAAGCGCAAGGAGGAGCUGUUUAAAGAACAGAAGAAAAAGAAAUUGCUCCCAGACGAUAUCCUCCAAAGCAUCAGCUCUCUUCCAGAUGAACGGGAGGAACCGAGUGAACAGCCUGAAGGCCAGAGUAAGACAGGAAAUGAAGGACACAUUAAAAAGAAGUCUGCAAAGAAGCUGCGUCCUCGAAAAAGGUUACAAACUAACUACGAGGUAGUACAAUUGGAAACGUACAGUUCAAAAGACUUACUGCAGCAAAAAGCUAAAUCCUUCAUCCAUAAAAGGUUAUAUGGGAAGACCAAGAACAGGACCACAGCUAAUGAAUUUCUCUCAAUUUCAAGGAAAAGGGGUUUCAUUAAAAAGCCGGCAGUUCAAUUUACGGACGACAGCUGGGGCAAAGAGGAGAAACAGAAAGCAGCAGAGUUCAAUCUUCGAUGGGUGAACAGAAAGAAACGAUGAACCUUUCGGAAGAUUACAUUUUUGACUUUGCAACUCUUCUCCCUGUGACAUGGUCUAAUGUGAUAUGUAGUGCAGGGUAGCUUCCUGUUUUCCAGAUUUCCAUCAUAUCCACACAGCUAUAUUAGACUGUGUUUAUUCUGUUUUACAUUUUUAUUAGGUGAUACAUUCAGGCCUCAUGCACACGACCCGUAUGUAUUUUGCGGUCUGCAAAAAAGGGAUCCGCAAAAAACACAGAUAAUGUCCGUGUGCAUUCCGUAGCCUAGUUGUUUAUUUCAUCAUAUCGAAAGGAUCCACUCUCUUGUCCUGCUUAUUUUUUGUAUCUUCUGAUUAUAAAGUAUUGGAAAGUUUCA